CUUGGACGAGGCGAGACUAAAACGCGGUCAAAUCUAAACUAGAGUUUUCAGUUGAUCCGCGAUAGUCAACCAUUUAAGACGUUACCAUCGACUCUCUUCCUACCUGUACAGGCAGACUACCGAGUUCAGAGCUGCUCUUCUGACUUCUGGCUGCUCCAAGUCGUUGUCCGCUGUUACACAUUUUGGAUUAUAUUCUUAAAAAUUUAUUGUGAUUAUUCAAUAAUAUAUUUUCACCAGAACGGUAGAUCCAUUCUCGAUUAUAAGUGGCAGAGUUGAGAUACAUUUAACGGCAUUUAGCGGUUCUUAUUUGAGAAUAUUCGCGAUUUGACCGAUAGUGAAGAUAGUGUACGAAUAGUGCGAUUUGAAUUGGAAUUUUGAUUUCUUUAAAAAAGAUCGAUAUUUUCGAUCGUGUUGCGUGGAAUGUCAUCGACCAAAAAGAAGCCAUUCAGCAUGAAUCUUAGAGACGUGGAAAAUUUCUUCAAAUAUCGCAGGAUGCCAUACCCCAAACGGUCAGCGGAAUUCAUCGCAUUAAUCGCUGUUUCGUGCACUCUAUUUCUGUUUUUGCACACCAAAUCACUGAAUUCACGUCUCCAUGAAAUGGAAAUUAAACUGCAGCCAUCCGAACUAUCGGCAAUUGGAUUAAGUGCUAGUAACGCCAUUCAGAGUGGAAGUGAUAGCAAAUCUGAUCUGAAGGGCGUCCAUGGAACUUAUCAGUAUUUAAAAAGUACCGGUCAAAUGCAGACCCUCAACUCUCACGAACUAAACAACACUCGUAAAGCUGGAAUGGAAAUAGUCUUCUUUAACCGAGUCCCAAAAGUGGGAAGUCAAACCUUCAUGGAACUUUUAAGACGUCUAUCCAUCCGUAACGAUUUCGAGUUCCACCGUGAUGCUGUCCAGCGUGUUGAAACCAUCCGCUUGGGAGAAGUCCAACAACAAGAGCUUGCUGAAGUCAUUACAGAUUUGCCAGAGCCCUCAGUUUUCAUCAAGCACGUUUGCUACACCAACUUCACCAAAUUCAGUUUACCUGCCCCGAUUUAUAUUAAUGUUGUCCGGGAUCCUAUUGAGCGUGUCAUCAGUUGGUUCUACUAUGUUCGUGCUCCAUGGUAUUUUGUAGAGAGAAAAGCUGCUUUUCCAGAAUUGCCCCUACCAGAUCCAGCUUGGUUGAAGAAGGAUUUCGAGACAUGUGUGAGAACUGGAGAUCGGGAAUGUACGUUUACGCAAGGAGUGACACAUGAAGGAAUUGGAGAUCAUAGGAGGCAAACGCUAUUUUUCUGUGGACAUGAUUACGAGUGCACACCAUUCAACACUGUUGGAGUAUUAGAAAGAGCAAAAUAUGCCGUCGAAAGUCAAUAUUCUGUGGUUGGUGUUCUGGAAGAUUUAAACACAACCUUCUCAGUUCUUGAAAAGUAUAUUCCCAGAUUUUUCAAAGGAGCAACUGAAGUUUACUACGGAGGAUCCGACAAACUCAACAACAUCAACCGCAACAAUUUCAAGCCUCCUGUCAGUGAGGAAGUCAAGGAAAUUGUUCGUAGGAACUUCACGCGCGAAAUCGAAUUCUACCAAUUCUGCAGGCAGCGACUACAUAAACAAUAUUUGGCUGUCAAUUUGCCGCAUCGUGUCAUCAAUAGGACAUAAAUGAAAACGAAAUUUAUAUUUUUUAGUACCUCCCUAUUUGUGUGGUUGUUUGCGAACCUUUGAUGUCAUUAUUUGAUUAUCAUUUCCAGUCCUUUUUUAUUGUUUUAUAUUGUCCUAUUUUGUUUUCAUGAAAAAAAGUGUUAAAAAAAUUUAUUUAUCGAAAUAUUAUGUGUAGAUUUUAGAAUUUAGGAAAAUAUGUAAGUUUUCCCGAAACGCUGAAACUGUGGUCCAUGUCGCUUACUUGAUAGAUUAAGUGUGUAGAUAAGCAAGAAGUGAAGCAUUAUUUUAGUUAAGAAGUAGCUCCAUUAACAAUAGAUAGUAAGCGUUUUAGAAGAAGUGUAUUUUAUAUAAUUUAAUUUUUCGAACCAUUAAUACAAAUAUUUUUAAACAAAUCUAAA